AUGAACUGUUCAGAUGCACAGAAGGUGCAGUUUGGCACUCAUAUGCUUGAGAAAGAUGUCAAGGAUUGGUGGCGCAACACUAUUAAGAGAUUUGAUGAGGAUAUAAUUGAAGUGACUUGGGCACUUUUCCGUGAUGCUUUUCUGGAGAAGUAUUUUCUAGAAGAUUUUUGUGGAAAGAAGGAAAUUGAAUUCCUUGAGUUGAAGCAAGGUAAUGGUACCGUAGCUGGGUAUGCUGCAAAGUUUGAGGAGUUGAUCAAAUUUUGUCCCCAUUACAAUACUGCUAAUGUUGAGAGAUCCAAAUGUCUUAAGUUUGUGAAUGGCUUGAGACCUGAUAUCAAGAAGGCAAUGUGUCACCAACAGAUUACGAGAUUUUCUGAGUUGGUUAACAAGAGUAGGAUCUAUGAUGAGGAUAGCCGUGAGAGUGUUGCUCAUUACAAGUCCUUGAAUGAUAAGAAAGGAAAGGGGCAAUUCCGAGGGAAGGCGUAUGAUGGUAAGAAGAAAGCUAGUGAUGGCAAGAAGCUGAGUGAGGGAGGAUCUCACACUUCUGUCAAGUGCUUCAGAUGUGGUGUUGAGGGACAUCGUGCUCCUGAGUGUCCUAUGAGAGAUGUGACUUGUUUCAAGUGUGGAAAGCAAGGUCACAAAUAUUUUGAUUGCAGAGUUGGUUUGAAUGUGACUUGCUACAACUGUGGUAAGCAAGGACACAUUAGUACCAAGUGCAAUAAGCCGAAUAAGGAGCAAUCCAAAGGGAAAAUGUUUGCAUUUUUUGGUGCUGAUACUUCUGUCGAGGAGAGAUUGAUUCGAGGUACGUGCUUUAUUAAUAAUAUGCCUUUGCUUGCUAUUAUUGAUACUAGUACGACACAUUAUUUUAUUUCAUUGGAUUAUACAAAGAGAUUGAAUCUUGAAUUAUCUGUUAUGUGUGGAAGCAUGGUUAUUGAUACUCCGACGAUGGGUUCAGUGGCUACUUCAUCUGUUUGUUUGAAAUGUCCGUUGAAUAUUUGUGAUAAAGAUUUGGAAGUUGAUUUAGUGUGUCUUCCAUUGAGUCAACUUGAUGUUAUUUUGGGAAUGGACUGGUUGAGGGACAAUCAUGUCUAUAUCAAUUGUUUUACGAAAGCUGUUCUUUUUCUUGAGCUAGAGAAGGAAGGUGAUUUAUUCUUAUCUACUCAACAAGUGAAUGAAUCUGUGCGAGAUGGUGCUGAAGUGUUUAUGUUGGUGGAAAGUUUGAAUCUUAGUGAAAAUGGAACAAUGGGUGAAUUUCCAGUUGUUCAUGAUUUUCCUGAAGUGUUUCCCGAUGAGGUUAGCGAUUUGCCGCCUGAACAUGAAGUUGAGUUCACGAUUGAAUUUAUUCCUGGUAUUAGUUUGGUUUCGAUAGCUUCGUAUCGGAUGUCACCAUCUGAGUUGAAAGAGUUGAAGAGUCAACUAGAGGAUUUGCUUGAUAAGAGGUUUAUUCAUCCGAUUGUGUCACCGUGGGGUGCACCUUGUUAG